CUCUAUUUCGCGCUUUAUUUAAUAAGUUAGUCAGUUUUCACUUAGCCAUUCACUUUUGGUUAUUCUGACUUGUCUUAUAUGGAAUGUGGGCUUCCUUUACCAAGAAAGCUACUGACUGCAAAAUUACUCAAGAUGAGAUAUCCUCAAAAAAAAUUUGCAGCUAUUUGCAGAACAUAAAAAAACCUGCCACAAUAAACAAAACUGAAGAAUGGAGUGAUGGUGUGGCCAGUUUUGUGGGAAGCCCAAUGAUUGAUCAGUCAUUAGUUGAUCUUGCAUUAAAAAUUCCAAAAUGUUUAUCUGUUUCCCGGGUUCUUGUUUUAUACACUGGUGGUACUAUUGGAAUGAAAUGUGUAAAUGGUUCUUACUGUUCUGUGGAAAACUUUUUUCUUCCCACCUUAAAUAAGAUGCCUACAUUUUGUGAUUCAGAAUUUCAGGUUCAUAUAAACCAAUUUAACAUUGAGCACUUACAUCACAGACUGUCAAAAACUAAACUUAAACCUAAUACACAAUAUUCUCAUUCAAAAUUUUCAAAACGUGAAUCCAGUUUAACUGAAUCAGAUCAUAUACAAACUUAUGCUUUACCGAUUGAUAAAACUGGACAUCGUAUUUUAUAUACAGUUGUAGAAUAUUGGCCAUUAUUAGAUUCAUCUGAUUUAAGUAUGAACGAAUGGAAGCGUAUAGCACAAGAUAUUUACGCAUUUUAUAAUGAAUUCGACGGCUUUGUUGUAUUACAUGGAACGGAUACACUUGCUUAUACAGCAUCAGCCUUAUCAUUUAUGUUAGAGAAUUUAGGUAGACCAGUUGUUUUAACUGGAGCACAAUUACCGGUAUUCGAAUUUCGUAGUGAUGGAUGGAAUAAUUUUCUUGGUGCGUUAAUGAUCGCUGGUGGAAAGUAUGCAAUUUGUGAAGUCACAGUGUUAUUUCAUGCUAAAUUAUUUCGUGGCUCUAGAGUGGUAAAAUGUUCAAGUAAUAAUUUUGAUGCAUUCGAGUCACCAAAUUAUCCAGCAAUUGCUGAAUUAGGAACUGAAAUAACCAUUAAUUAUGAUUUAAUUUUUCGAACACCUGGAUUACCUAAACCAUUUUGUAUUCAUACCAAUUUAUGUCAAGAUGUUGCAAUACUAAAUAUUUUUCCAUUAAUAUCUAAAGAACAUAUUAUUUCAAUGUUAGCACCUCCUAUUAAAGGAGUUGUUCUUCGGACAUAUGGAGCUGGUAAUAUUCCAUCUUCUCGUCAGGACCUACUGGAUGCACUAAAAGAAGCUUCUGAUCGUGGUAUACUUAUGGUGAAUGUCACACAAUGUUGGCGUGGUGGCGUUAAAGCGGUUUAUUCAACUGGUAUGGUUCUCAAUGAAUAUGGUGUAACUCCAGGAUAUGAUAUGACAACUGAAGCAGCACUUACCAAAUUGGCCUAUAUAUUGAGUAAAACAGAAAAUAAAGAUUAUUCUAGUAAACGUGCAAUGUUAUUAAAGAGUUUAAGAGGUGAAGUCACAGUUGAAGGAGAAGACUCUAGAGCAGCUAAUUUAUCACUAUAUAACACAAAUUGUUUAAAUCAAGAUAGAAAUCUUAUGAUAUAUUUCGCCAAAUUAUUUUCAACAACUUCUUUAGAUGAUUCUGAAGGUAUUGGCUCAAUGUGGGUUCAACGUAUAAUACCGACACUUGCGUGUUGUGCAGCUGCAUCAAAUAAUUUGUCAUGUUUAAAAGAAAUGUAUCAUAUAAUUGGCCAUUUACAGUUAUUUGACACUGAAGGAUGUACUCCACUGCAUAAAUCAGCUUUCUACGGUCAUAUUUCAGCGACAAAAUAUUUAUUAGAAUGUGGUGUAUCAGUUCAUAUUGCAGAUAAAAAUGGAUAUACUCCACUUCUUUGUGCUUUAAAUAGUCUAAUCUUAUCUUCUGAAUUGGUGCAGUUAUUAUUAGAUGUUGGCGCUGUAUUAAAUUCUGAAAGUCAACUUGUCACUAAACUGGUUCAUCAAGCAGUUUCUGAUGGUGAUAUUCAAAGGUUACGCUUAUAUCAAUUGUGUGGAUAUUCAUUUUAUAAUAUGGAUGAAGAAGGUCGUUCAGCUUUACAUGUAGCUGUUACACAUCGACAAUUGGAUUCAAUUAAAUUUCUCAUCUCACCAAUCUAUAAUGAAGAAAAUUCUCACAAUAAAGAGAGGAGCAAUGUAGAAGCAACAGAACUGGAGUACGGCGCUGGUGUUGAUCCAAAAUGUCAAACAAUAUGGGGUACUAGUGCAUUAGAUGAAGCGAAACUCCGAAAUUUCAAUGAUAUUGUUCAAUUGUUGGAGAAAUAUCAAUGAACAAUUCAAUUUGUACAUGAAAAGGCUAUGGGAAAUAAAGGCAACUGUGAAUGGUUUUUAAAUAUAGUUGAAAGUUCAUUUGAAUAUUCAUUCCAUAACCGGGUCUUUUUUCUUACUGAAUACUUUAAUUCACUGUUGUUGUAUUGCUUCGUUUAUUGUUACAUUCUAUUCAAUUUCUUGUUUCAUUUCUUUAAAAUAGCAUAUUAUCAUCAUUGUUCAGUUACUUUAUUUUCUUUCUGUUAAUUUUUAUAUUUCGGCUGUUAUAUAUCAAAUAAAAUUUACAUUUUCCUUACGAUCAUUCACUUUUCUUAAGGGUGUUAUGUCUAUAUUUAUUUCUUUACCAUAUUCAUUCCAUUGUAAAUAUAGAUUGACUUACUUAAUUUAAUAGAUUUAUUCUUCUUAUUAUUAUUAUCAAAAGACCUUUUCAUUCUUGAGUUCAUUUUGCACUGUUAUUAUUAUUAUUAUCAUUCAAUAUACUAAUUAAAUUAAAUAUUUAAUGAAUCAAGGAUUUAAUACUAAUGACAAUAGAGAUUAUAGUAUAUACAUGAAUCUUUUAUUCUUUGUAAGGUGGUAAUCUAGAAAAAAAAUCGAUGAACUAAUUAAUGAUAUUAGAAAGAAGGAUAAAUUCAACUGAAGUUUACAGGAUUAGAAAGUUAGGGAGGCUAAAAAAGAUUCAUAAUGAUGUCUCCCGUAAAAGUCAAGUAUUUCACCUCGACAGGAUAUGAGAAAUAUAGAUAUUAUUACACACGCUAACAUGAGGAUAAGAAAUAAUUAAUAAAAAGAUAUACGAAUAAAAAUUAUCGUGAAUUAUAUCUAUACUUUCUAGUUAUUGUAUUAAAAAGGUACUCGAAUCAUACUAUGCUUUAUCCUUUUUACGACUAUUAACACUGUUUUUUUAUCCAUGCUACUCUGAGAUUUACCUUGACAAUUUCAUUUUACUGUGCUAAUGGAAUCCAUCAACAUGUCACGUAUUAUUGACGGUGGUCAUUCAUUUCACCUAUUUAACAAUUUAUAUGUACUUGUAAUUAAAGAUCACUUAACUUUGUUAACACUUAUUAUUUAAAAUAUUUGUUAACAGGAUCUCCAAUAAACUUGUAUAGAAUUAUCUUACUGAGCUUCAGAUUGUUGGAAUUUCAUAUUAAUUGAUUUUUGGUUAUAAUCUUCACUUCCCAUCAAAUGUAUAUCCAUAUUCACUCUUGUUAUUAUGGUUUUUAAUAAGUGCAGGGAAACUAAACUAUCAGAAAUAUAGAAUACUCAUUUACAACAUUAUUUAGAUACAUAGUGUUAGUUAAUAAAGCCAAAUAGUGCUUGUGUGAUAUAGACUAGCUAGUUAAAGUCCUUGGGAUACUAGAAAUCAAUAACUGGAGAUUUUGAAUGAUGUAACUCGAUGUUAGUUACAAUUUUCGAAAAUUUACGUUGUCUUCUUUGCCGUCUGUCACCUCUACAAAAGUAUUCAUUUUGUUCGUCUUUUUGAAUACUGUGAUUUUGUGACAUGAUAAAAUUAAAAUGAGCG